AACAGAUAAAAGGAGGGCGCUGCAGAGCGACAGUUUGCAUUGACAGCAGAUCAGGAUCAGACAGGAGGAUGGGUAGGACUCUGCUGUGGCUGGGGGCCUCUCUGGCCUUUGCUUCUCUCGCUUUUCUGGCUGAUGGAGCUCCAUUGCAAGUGAUGUCUGCCCCCAACUUGUUGCGGGUAGGAACAGCAGAAAACAUCUUUGUGGAGUGUCAAGAUUACACAGGAGCAGACAUUCCGGUUGAAAUCAUUGUGAUGAACCAUCCAACCAAAGCCAAAAGGCUGGCGUCCACAACUGUGACCCUCAACAAUGAAAACAGCUUCCAGCAGCUUGCACAAAUAAUGAUCCCUACUGGUGACUUCAGUAAAGAUCCCAGCAUCAAGCAGUACGUGUACCUGCAGGCUCGGUUCCCUGACCGACUGCUGGAGAAAGUCGUCUUGGUGUCCUUCCAGUCCGGGUACAUCUUCAUCCAGACUGACAAGACCCUCUACACCCCUGAGAGCACAGUUCUUUACAGGAUGUUUGCAGUGACACCCCUCAUGGAGCCUGUAGAAAGGGACGAGGAAACCAAAUCGGAUGCUUCUAUUGCCAUUGAGAUUGUGACCCCUGAGGGCAUCAUUUUACCACUUGAUCCAGUCUCUCUGAAAUCAGGGAUCCACUCAGGAGAUUACAAACUUGGUGAAAUUGUCAGUCCCGGAGUGUGGAAGGUGGUGGCCAAGUUCCACAACAACCCACAGCAGAGCUACUCUGCAGAGUUCGAAGUCAAAGAAUAUGUGCUGCCCAGUUUUGAGGUGAAACUGACACCUGUGAGCCCCUUCUUCUACGUGGACAGUCCAGACUUCACCGUCAACAUCAGAGCAACGUAUCUAUUUGGUGAGGAGGUGGAUGGGAUGGCGUUCGUGGUAUUUGGGGUUAUGCAAGAGGGUCAAAAAAAGAGCUUUCCAGCUUCUCUUCAGAGAGUGCAGAUUGCGAGAGGAAUUGGAGUGGUCACGCUGAAGAGAGAGCACAUCACACAGACCUUCGAAAAUAUCAACGGCCUGGUUGGGCACUCCUUAUUUGUAGCUGUCAGUGUGAUGACGGAGAGUGGUAGUGAAAUGGUGGAAGCUGAGUUAAGAGCUAUCCAGAUUGUCACAUCACCAUACACCAUCCACUUCAAGAAAACACCCAAGUACUUCAAACCAGGAAUGUCCUUCGAUAUUGCGGUUGAAGUCAUGAAUCCUGAUGAAACUCCUGCACAAGGUGUUGCAGUUGUGGUUGAUCCAGGCGAGGUGGAGGGUUUCACUGCUGCCAAUGGCAUGGCAAGGCUUACCAUCAAUACGGAGGCAGGGAUUAACACCCUGAGAAUCACAGCAAAGACCAAAGAUCCUCUUCUUACACGUGAGAGGCAAGCGUCGGCCACCAUGACAGCACUCCCAUAUACCACAAAAAGCAACAACUACAUCCACAUAGGUGUGGAUACUGCUGAGCUGGAAUUAGGAGACAACCUGAAAAUCAACCUUAACCUCAACAGGCAGUCAAAUCAAGCCAAAGACAUCACAUACCUGAUCCUGAGCAGAGGUCAACUGGUGAAAAAAGGCCGAUACCACACAAGAGGCCAAGUAAUGAUUUCCCUGAUAGUUCCCGUUACCAAAGAAAUGCUGCCAUCAUUCCGCAUCAUAGCCUACUACCAUACAGAUGACAAUGAAGUGGUAUCAGACUCUGUUUGGGUGGAUGUCAAGGACUCCUGCAUGGGCUCGUUGAAGCUGGAAUCAUCCAGACCUGCUCCAUCUUAUGAACCUCGUAGGAUGUUUCGUCUGAAGGUCACAGGAGACCCAGAGGCCACAGUGGGACUGGUGGCAGUUGAUAAAGGCGUCUAUGUCCUGAACAACAAGCACCGACUCACUCAGAAAAAGGUGUGGGAUAUUGUAGAGAAGUACGAUACAGGCUGCACACCAGGUGGAGGAAGGGACGGUAUGAGUGUGUUCUUCGAUGCUGGGCUGUUGUUUGAGUCCAACACGGCCUCUGGGACUCCAUACAGACAAGAAUUGAAAUGUCCGGCCGCCAGUGGGAGCAGAAGGAAACGAUCCAACACAAUAAUGAACGUUACAACCAGCUUAGUGUCUAUAUUUGAAGACCCACUCGAGCGCGAAUGUUGUUCAGAUGGCAUGAAGAAAACCCCUCUUUCGUACUCCUGUGAGACACGCAGUGAAUACAUUGGGGAUGGUGCAGCCUGUGUCAAGGCUUUCCUGCACUGCUGCAAGGAGAUGGAAAACCAGCUAGCUGACAGGAAUGAGGAAAGCCUCCAACUGGCUCGAAGCGAAGAAGAUGACAACAGUUACAUGGACAGCAGUGAAAUCACUUCUCGCACCCAGUUCCCUGAAAGUUGGCUGUGGUCAGAUAUCAAGCUGCCUGUUUGCCCUCGACAAACACCAAACUGUGACACCACGACAUUUGAGAAAAAUGUUCCUUUGCAAGACUCAAUCACAACCUGGCAGUUCACUGGAAUUAGUCUGUCAAGAACUCACGGUAUCUGUGUUGGCGAACCAUUAGAGGUAAUUGUCCGGAAGGAAUUCUUCAUUGAUCUCAGGCUACCCUACUCAGCUGUCCGAGGAGAGCAGAUAGAAGUCAAGGCAAUCCUUCACAACUACAGCCCUGAUGCUGUCACUGUACGUGUGGAUCUGAUUGAGGAGGUAGAUGUGUGCAGUUCAGCCUCUAAACGUGGCAAGUAUCGUCAGGAAGUCAAAGUUGGCCCCCAAACUACACGAUCUGUACCCUUCAUCAUUAUUCCCAUGAAGCAAGGACAAUACCGCAUUGAGGUCAAAGCAGCUGUCAAAGACUCUUCACUCAAUGAUGGCAUCAUGAGGAUGCUGCGGGUGGUGCCUCAAGGUGUACUGAUUAAAUCACCUAAGAUUGUAACUCUCGACCCAGCGAAUAAAGGUGUAGGCGGUAUCCAAAAAGAAGUUAUUAACAGUGAAAUUCCUAAAAAAGAUUUGGCUCCAAACACACCUACCAGCACACAGAUCUCUGUGACAGGGAGAGAACAAGUAUCUGCACUGGUGGAGAACGCUAUUAGUGGACAAUCGAUGGGUACUCUGAUCCAACAGCCCGCAGGCUGUGGAGAGCAGAACAUGAUCCGCACGACUCUACCUGUCAUUGCAGCCACAUAUUUGGACAAAACCAAUCAGUGGGAAGCUAUUGGCUUUCAAAAACGUGCUGAAGCCCUUCAACACAUCAAGACUGGCUACACGAAUCAGCUUGCCUUCCGUAAAGGUGACGGGUCCUUUGCUGUCUAUCCUCACCGCCAAAGCAGCACCUGGCUGACAGCUUAUGUUGCCAAGGUGUUUGCCAUGGCCAACAGUCUGGUGGCAGUGCAAAGGAACGUCAUCUGUGACGCUGUCAAGUUUCUGAUAAUCAAAGCACAGCAACCUGACGGCAUGUUUAGAGAAGUUGGAAAGGUCUACCACGGAGAGAUGAUUGGUGAUGUGCAUGGUACAGAUUCGGACGCCUCCAUGACAGCCUUCUGCCUCAUUGCCAUGCAAGAGUCACGCACACUAUGUGCUGCUACUGUCAAUAGUCUGCCAGGCGGUAUAGACAAAGCAGUGGCCUACCUAGAGAAGCGCCUGCCUGCCCUCACCAACCCAUAUGCUGUGGCCAUGACGUCGUAUGCUCUGGCCCAGGAAAACAAACUGAACCGGGAGAUCCUCUACAACUUUAUUUCCCCAGAGUUGUCCCACUGGCCAGUACCAAAGGGACGUGUUUACACACUGGAGGCCACCGCUUACGGUCUUCUUGCACUGGUCAAGGCCAGGGCGUUUGAAGAUGCCCGACUUGUUGUCAGAUGGUUUAACAAACAGCAGAAGGUGGGAGGAGGCUAUGGAUCAACUCAGGCAACUAUAAUGGUAUACCAGGCUGUAGCUGAUUACUGGGCCAGUGCUAAAGAACCAGAAUAUAAUCUGGAUGUGGACAUUUUAUUGCCAGGCAGGGCAAAACCUGACAAGUUCAACUUCAACAGUAAUAACCAUUACACCACGAGAACAUCUAAAACCAAUGAUAUCAAUGAGAAUGUGACAGUGACUGCCACAGGCACAGGAGAAGCAACAGUGACAAUGGUGUCGCUUUAUUACGCCCUGCCUAGUGAAAAGGAUAGUGACUGUCAGAAGUUUAACUUGUCGGUGCAGCUCAUCCCAGAUAAAAAUGAUGGAGUUGAGACGAGCUAUAAGCUGAGAAUAGAAGUUUUGUAUAAGGACAAGGAGCGCGAUGCAACCAUGACUAUCUUGGAUAUUGGUUUGCUAACUGGCUUCACCGUUGACAGAAACGACCUGAACUUAUUGUCCAAAGGACGUGCCCGCAUAAUCUCAAAAUAUGAGAUGAACACACUACUGUCAGAAAAAGGCUCUCUCAUCAUCUACCUGGACAAGGUGAGACAUCAGUGUCUCCUUCUGGUAUUUUCUCUCUGCCAUCUUCCUUCCCUCUUCAGCUUACCUUCUCUUUACGCUUCUCUGCAGGUUUCUCACACACGACCAGAAGAGAUCACAUUUAGGAUCCAUCAGACAUUUAAAGUGGGCGUCUUACAACCAGCUGCUGUGUCUGUCUACGAGUACUAUGAACAGACACCUUGUGUGAAAUUCUACCACCCAGAGAGGAGAGCUGGACACCUUCUGCGGCUCUGUAGAGGUGAUGAAUGCACAUGUGCUGAAGAGAACUGCAGUAUGCAGAAGAAGGGCAAAAUCAGCAAUGAACAGCGCACAGCUAUGGCCUGCGAGAGUACUCAGAGCAGCAAAAUUGAUUUCGUGUACAAAGUGAGUCUGGAGGCAUUUACAGACAGUCAGUCCACUGACAUUUACACCAUGCGGGUACUGGAAGUCAUCAAGGAAGGAAGUAAUGAUGUGGGUCCCCAGAAUCAACUGCGUGCAUUCCUCAGUUAUCAGCACUGCAGGGAGUCUUUAGAUCUGACAAAAGGCAAAACCUACCUUAUUAUGGGGACAUCCAAAGAUAUUCACAGAGAUGAAAAAGACGAAUCGUUUCAGUAUGUGCUCGGUGAGAGAACCUGGAUCGAGUACUGGCCCACAGAAGCAGAGUGUCAGACUGAAAUACACAGACCAACCUGUUUGGGCAUGGAGGAGCUGGUCCAGCAGUAUGCACUGUUUGGAUGUGAGCACUAGUCAAACUCUCUGAAAUAAAAUGUUCUUUUCAAAUCGAGUUUAUUUUGCAUUUUCCAUUUGUAAAGCCUUCACUGCUUCAAAUUUUAAGGGCUAUAAAACUAACAACAUUAUUGCAUUGAUUAAAAUGUCAUGGUUUUAAUCUCAUCGUUUUUAUUUUUCAUACAAAUCAACUUCUGGUUCAUGUAGAAACAAGGGCUUGGUAGUAUGGCCUUAAAAUAAAUGUGGGAUUUUUUUUUUGAUUUCAUCACGAUACACAAUGUAGAAUCACAAUAUUUUGAAAUGAUAUACUAUAUAUAAUGACCAAGUGGGUAAAGACAAGUAUUAGAAUAAGUAGAACAAUCAUGUAUGGUCAGAAAAUCACAUCAUACUUAAAUGCAGCCUUUAAACCCAUGAAAAGAUGAUUCUUAUGCCAUAUCACAAUAUGACGAUGUAAAGAAACCAUGAUGGUACACAGUCUCAUCAGAAUAACAGAUAACAAAUAUCAUAUAUACUGCCGAGCAGAAUAUAUGACAGCUUAUACAGAUCAAUAAAUGCAACUGUAGCACUAGCAAAUGAGAUAUUUUCUGCUUUUGUGAAACUACUCUGCAAAUAAAAAAAAACAAAAAAACAACUA